AUGGCGUGGUCGGGGAAUAAGGCAGCUAUUGUGCUAUGUAUGGAUGUGGGCUUUGCCAUGAGGAACUCCUUUCCCGAUGAAGAAUCCCCAUUUGAACAAGCGAAGAAGAUAGUGACCAUGUUUGUCCAGCGACAGGUGUUUGCUGAGAGCAAAGAUGAGAUUGCGUUAGUCCUGUUUGGUACAGAUGGCACUAAGAAUGCCCUUGCUGCUGGGGAUCAGUAUUAGAACAUCACAGUGCACAGACACCUGAUGCUGCCAGAUUUUGAUUUGCUGGAGGACAUUGAAAGCAAAAUCCAACCAGGUUCUCAACAAGCUGAUUUCCUGGAUGCACUGAUUGUGUGCAUGGAUGUGAUUCAACGUGAAACUGUAGGAAAGAAAUUUGAGAAGAGGCAUAUUGAAGUGUUCACUGACCUCAGCAGCCCAUUCAGCAAAGAUCAGCUGGAUAUCAUAAUUCAUAACUUGAGGAAAUCUGGCAUCUCUCUGUAAUUCUUCUUGCCUUUCCCAAUUGCCAAGGAAGAUGGAACUGGGGACAGAGGAGAAGGUAACUUGCCCUUGGACCACCAUGGACCCUCCUUGCCUCAAAAAGGAAUUAUUGAGCAGCAAAAAGAAGGUAUUUAGAUGGUGAAAAAGGUGAUGAUGUCUUUAGAAGGUGAAGAUGGGCUGGAUGAAAUUUAUUCCUUCAGUGAAAGUCUGAGGCAGCUAUGUGUCUUCAAGAAAAUUGCGAGGUAUUCCGUGCCUUGGCCUUGCCAGCUGACCAUAGGACCCAAUUUGUCUAUAAGGAUAGUGGCCUAUAAAUCGAUGCUACAGGAGAAAGUUAAAAAGACUUGGACAGUUGUGGAUGCAAGAACCUUAAAAAAAGAAGAUAUACAAAAAGAAACAGUUUAUUGCUUAAAUGAUGAUGAUGAAACUGAAGUUCCUAAAGAGGAUACUAUUCAAGGGUUCCGCUAUGGAAGUGAUAUAGUUCCUUUCUCUAAAGUGGAUGAGGAACAAAUGAAAUAUAAAUCGGAGGGGAAGUGCUUCUCUGUUUUGGGAUUUUGCAGAUCUUUUCAGGUCCAGAGAAAAUUCUUUAUGGGAAAUCAAGUUCUAAAGGUCUUUGCAGCAAAAAAUGAUGAGGCAGCAGCAGUUGCACUUUCCUCGCUGAUUCACGCCUUGGAUGAAUUAGACAUGGUGGCCAUCGUUCGAUAUGCUUAUGACAAAAGAGCGAAUCCUCAAGUUGGCGUGGCUUUUCCUUAUAUCAAGGAGGCCUAUGAGUGUUUAAUGUAUGUGCAGCUGCCUUUCAUGGAAGACUUGCGGCAAUACAUGUUUUCAUCCUUGAAAAAUAAUAAGAAAUACACUCCUACGGAGGCACAAUUGAGUGCUGUUGAUGCUUUGAUUGACUCCAUGAGCUUGGUAGAGAAAGAUGAGGAGAAAGACACCAUUGAAGACUUGUUUCCAACCACCAAAAUCCCAAAUCCUCAAUUUCAGAGAUUAUUUCAGUGUCUGCUGCACAGAGCUUUACAUCCGCAGGAGCCUCUGCCCCCAGUUCAGCAGCACAUUUUGAAUAUGCUGGAUCCCCCCACCGAGGUGACAGCAAAAUGUCAGAUCCCUCUCUCUAAAAUAAAGACCCUUUUCCCUCUGACUGAAGCCAUCAAGAAAAAGGAAAUAACUGCUCAGGAUAUUUUCCAAGACAAUCAUGAAGAUGGACCCGCUGCUAAAAAAUGCAAGACUGAGGAAGGAGAAACCCGUUUUAGUGUCUCCAGCCUGGCAGAAGGCAGCGUCACCAGUGUUGGAAGCGUAAAUCCUGCUGAAAACUUCCGUGUUUUAGUGAGACAGAAGAAUGCCAGCUUUGAGGAAGUGAGUCACCAGCUCAUAAAUCGCAUUGAACAGUUUUUGGAUACUAAUGAAAUACCAUAUUUUAUGAAGAGCAUGGACUGCAUCAAAGCCUUCCAUGAAGAAGCCAUUCAGUUUUCAGAAGAACAGCGCUUCAACAGCUUCCUGAAAGCCCUUCAGGAGAAAGUAGAAAUUAAACAAUUAAAUCAUUUCUGGGAAAUUGUCAUUCAGGAUGGAAUUACUCUCAUCACCAAAGAUGAAGCCCCUAGAAGCUCUGUCACAGCUGAGGAGGCCAAAAAGUUUCUGGCUUCCAAAGAAAAACCAAAUGAAAAUGCAGCAGCCGUAUUUGAAGAAGGUGGUGAUGUGGACGAUUUAUUGGACAUGAUAUAGGUCGUGGAUGUGGGGAAUCUGAGAGAGCUGGUCUCGCCACGGUGCUGAGAGUUCUGAUGGAAUAA